AUGGACAGCUUAUACAUGAAGGGUGAAUUAUUACAAGUUCAUACUAAAAACAGUAAAAUAUAUGAAGGCCGGUUUUAUGGAAUGACGAAUGAUAAGUCUAAGAUUUCUCUUUACAAUGUCAAAGAACCAAAAGGAGACCUCAGUGAUGGCAUUCUUCAUUAUUAUGACUCUGAUAUAAGGGACAUUGUCAAACUUAAGGAACCAGAAGAACAAAAGCAUUUAAAAAUAUCAGAAAAAGAAUGUGAAGAAAUAAUAAAGACUUCAAAAAAAUACAUAUACAUAAACCAAACUGAUAAGAUUUUCCAUGAUGCUAUGGACGACCUGAAUCAACAUAAUUUUAUUGCAUUAAGUACUGAUGGUGCUAACAUGGGAAGGAAAUGUAAAAUGCCAGUUUUGGUAUUGUCUACACCUUAUCAGAUUUAUAUAUUUGACAUUCAUGUCAUGGAGUACCAUGCAUUUGACGCUGGACUAAAGAAACUUUUAGAAAGCGAGACUCCUAAAAAGAUUAUUCAUAAUUCCAGAAAUGUAUCAGAUUGUUUGUUUCAUAAACACAAUGUUAAACUGAAUUCGGUAUUUGACACUCAGGUUGGUGAUCUACUUAUCACUAGAAACAAAACAGGCCGCCUUCCAGAUACAGUGAAAAGUCUAGCACAAUGUUUGAAUAUUUAUCUUGGCUUACAACUGUCUUUUGUUGAUGACAAAUUUGGAGUAGUAGAGUGUUCUGCGCGCCCAUUGUCUGUAGAGAUGAAAGACAGCCUUGCGAAGAAUAUUGCAUUCUUGCAUCGUCUUUCAGAAGCAAUCAAUGAAGAAAUGUUACUGCCAUUUGUGAGAGGUGUUGAAUGCUUUGUAGAAAAUAUUCGAUCUCUGGAUGAUUUCAAAGCUUGGGAACGUUGUGGUAUGCAAAAUCAAAUACCAAAGGAUUUUAAGAGUGCAAUUGAGUAUUAA